AUGAGCAGCCUGUUGCGUCUCUCGUCGUACGGCUCGUCGGCUUCGGCGGGCCAGACGAGCCACGGCUACCCCAAGUCUCCCGCGACUCCCUCUCCUCAGCCUCCGAAGGAAGCAUACCCUCCUGCGCCCGCUGGAACGGCCAAGCCGAGCGACAUCCUCAUCAACAGGGCGCACGAGAUCAAGCGGAUCGCAAAGGGUCUCGCGGGAUACUUCCAGGGCGUCUCAGAAGCACACCACGCACAUUCGCUCUCGCUGAAGAAGCUCUCCACGGCCGGCACGACUCCCAUCGCGACCCCUCUCGCCGAAUCCUCCAUCUUCAUCCCCCUCCCGGCCUCAUCUACCAACUCCUCCUCUGAGCCCAACUCUCCAAGCAACGCAGACUCGGCCCUCGCGCUCGGCGGAUCCGGCAGCGAAGGAUGGCAGCAGAUCCUGCACUUUACGCGCGAGACCAACUCGCGCGUCGCCGAGGCGCAUGCAGAUCUCGCCAAGAAGGUUGGCAAGGAGGUUGUUGGGCCGCUGCUCAAGUGCAGGGUCGAGAUGAAGAGCUUCAUCCAGAUCAUGGAGCGCGAACUCGUCAAGGCGGUCGACGCUGUCCAGAAGGAGAGGGACACCGCCGCCCCGCUCCUCACGCGUCUCUCGACUUCCAUCACCCAAUCCUCCCUCCCCCUCUCCGCGCCUUCCCUCUCACCCAUCGAAGAUCCGGUUCUCAUCCGCGCACAAGUUGAAGCUCAACUGCGCGCACAAGUGAUUAAGGAGAAUGAGUUGUUGGCGGUCGUCAAGACCUGGACGGAGAAGGUCGAGCAGAGGGAGAAGGAGGUGUUUGCGGAGAUCAAGCGCGUUUGGGGCGUUUGGGAGCAGGCAAACUCCGCCAUGCUCCUGGGCAACCAGCAGCUCUCGAUGUUCCUCUCCGCCACCGUCGACUCCGUCCCUCCCGACGCCGAGUGGCAACACUUCCUCAAGCUGAACCACGUCGUCUUGCCGGACGUCCCGGAGAAGACGCUCGACGAUGUUCAGUGGGAUGGGAAGGGCCAUGAGUUGACGAGCGUCGUGAUGGAGGGUAUGCUGGAGAGGCAGACGAGCUUCUUGAAGAGCUGGAAGCCGGCCUACUUCGUUCUGACGCCAUCCGGUCACCUGCACAUCUACCCACCGCCUCCCGCUUCAGCUGUGCCCGCCGCGACGUCCGACGACGAGACUGAGCGGGCCUCGCUCUCGUCGACUCCUGCGUAUCCUCCUCUUUCCGCUUCGGCGCAGUAUCUCCUGCUCCACACCUCACCUCACCUCUCGCUCAAUCUCGCUCUCUGCACUCUCGGACCGAUGCCGACACCGUCCAAGGCGGCGACCGAGACCGAGGGAAAGAAGAAGGCUGCUCCGCUCGAUGCCGUCUUCACCCUCAUCGAGAGUCUCGGUAAGGAUGGCAAGGGCGAAGGGUCGGGUACGCGCCAUGUCGUCCGCUGCAAGGGCGAGAAAGGAUGGGAGGAGAUGGGUACUUGGGUUGCUGCCAUUGGCAAGUUCUGCGCCACGCCAUCUGUGCCGCCUCCGCCGUCGCCGCCUACCCCGACUCCCGCUUCGACCUUCCCGCCUCCCGGCACGAUCAUCGAGGAGAAGCAACCUCAACCUCGCGACUCGAUCUCGUCGCUCGAGACGCACGUCCCGCCAGUCCUUCCCGCCCGCUCCCUCCCGCUCGGUUCCUCACCCGCCCUGCCCUCCCUCCCGACCUCUCCGCAGUCUACCAGCUCCACCGCACCGCCUCCCCUCCCUCCGCGCGACUCGUACAUCUCGACCACCUCGACGACCGGUUCGGAAGACCUGAGCAACGUGAUGCGCUCGUCGCUCAUCAUCGAGGACGACUAUGACCUCUCGCGCGCGAUGAACGGGCUCGGCGUUGCUGUCGGUGCCGGCGCGAACGGCGCCGAGGAGCUGAGCUCGCCGCCUCCGCCUGUUCCCAUGCGGCAAGUGUCUCCGUCUGGCUCGGAGGACGAAGACGAAGAGGAGGACGCAGGCGACCUCGGCCGGUCGAUCUCGUCUACCUCACUCGCGAACGUUGGCGGGCGGCAAGUGAUGAGUCCCCGUCAGGGCAGCGUCAAGAGUCUUGCCGCCGCAUGGGAGAAGAACGGGCAGACGUCGCCGACUGUUCAGCAGGAGAGGAGGAACGGGUCGGUUUCCGGCUCUAUCAAGGAGGUCAAGGAGGACGAGGAGGUGCAGGAGGAUGGUGCCGAGGAAGAUGGCGCGAAGGAGGAAGAGCCGAACCAGGACGAGGAGAACGAGCGUGCGGCGACUCCAAAGGGGAAGAAGGGCAAGAAGAAGAGAAAGAGCAAGGGCGGUGCGAAUGCUGCGAAGCCGACCGAGCGACCGCUUCCGCUCCCCUCCGUCGACCCUGAACACGCCGACCUCGGCCUCCCUUCACCUCACUCGCCCAACUUCAACCCUCCACCGGCAGAUGAACACGCCAACGACGUUGAGGAGGCUAAGAGCCCUCCGCCCAUGGUCCUUGAGGAGGUCGAGGAGGCCCCAAGUCGGGGUAGUCUCGACGAGCGCGAGCGGGAAGGCGAGAUGGGUGUCGCGCAGUAG